UUCAUUUUUAUCAUUUACCUUCUUUUCUUCUAUUAAUUUCUUAUUGUAUACUUUUCUUUUCUUUAAAAAAAUGGACGAUCAAAGAAGCAAUGAUAAUGUCCAUGCAGAACAAGGUCUUGUUACAGACACAUCCGAUACUGAUGGGCAAUAUUCCAGUGUCAUUCUCCAACUCACUAACCUAGAUGGUGGAUUCAGAUGCUUAUUGGAUAAAGUAAAACAAGAUAUGCAAGCAGCUAAGGAUGCUGCUGUAUUUUUGAAAAAAAGAGCUGCGAUGGAAGAGGAAUAUGGAAAGCAGAUGGCGAAGCUUGCUCAAACAACAGCAGAGGCAUUUGAUAAAGCUCAUCCCAGAUCAGGAACAUAUGGUGACGCAUGGACAUCAAUUCUUAAAGUACAUGAAACCAUGGGAGAGCAGCGUUUGAAAUUUGCUACAGAUAUUGCUGAAGUAGCCGAUGAUCUACUUCUAUUAUCAAAAGACACCGAGAAAAGCAGAAAACAGGCCAAGGAAGUCGGCCAAAAACACGAAAAGACUUUGUCUGACGCCGACGCAGCAUUGGAGAAGAGUAAACAACGCUAUGAGCUUCACUGUGAGGAAUGGGAAAGGGCAAUAUUACAAAAGAAUGGUGAACCUGUAAAUGCACCCAAGAAGGGACUGUUCAAGUCAAACAAAACCCAAGCUCAGAUGGAAAGAAUAGAAGAAGAUGCGCGUACAAAAGCAACACUUGCAGACCAAACUUAUCGACAGCAACUUCAAGCAGCAAAUGUUGCACGCCAAGAUUAUUAUCAAGCACAUUUGCCAAACACAUUGACGGCUCUUAAAAACGUAGGAGAAGAGUGCUGUGUGGCAUUGAGGUAUCAACUUGCUCGAUAUGCUUAUAUAUUUGAGCAAGCACUGACUGCAGAUGGAAUUGCUCUAGAUAAUGAUGAUGGUCUGGGUCUCCGUUCAUUAACUGAAAAGAUCGACAAAGACGGUGAUUUGAACAACUAUAUCAAAUCAUACAGCGGGCGUGGAAUAAAGGUCCAGAAAAAUGAGAUUCCUUACAAGGAGUAUAGUAUGUCUGUCACUGCCCUUCAUGUUUUAAAUCCAAAUCCAGUGUUUGGGGUUGAAUUGAACACGUUAAUGGAGAGAGAUAAAAACGAGGUUUCGUUGAUUCUCACAAAAUGCUGUGAAGCUGUGGAUGCCUAUGGACUCAAUACUGUUGGCCUAUAUCGUGUAUCGGGCACAAACACUCAAAUCCAAAGACUAAAGGCUGCAUUUGACAGAGACUGUAAUGCCGUAAAUCUGCUUACAGAAGAGAACAUCUCGGAUAUCAACAAUAUCACAAGCCUACUUAAAUUAUGGCUUCGCGAGCUCCCAGAUCCACUAUUUCCUCGGAGCAUGUACCAGAGAUUCCUCGGUGCAGCGAAGAUUGAAGAUGAUCGAAUGCGUGUACUCGGUCUUCAUACAGUUAUUAACGAUCUUCCAGAUGCCCAUUAUGCAACACUCAAAUAUCUUAUGAGCCAUCUCGACAGGGUCCAGCAAAACCAAAGAUACAAUAAGAUGGGUGUAUCCAAUCUUGCUACCAUAUUUGGAUUGACUUUAAUGGGUAAUGAUGGAGAUGGUCAGUUCAAUGCGUCUGCAAUGACAACUCAAGAUGCCCAGCGGUUGGCAGAAACACAGUGGCAAGUUAGAGUAGUUCAGACUAUUCUAGAGCAUUAUCGUUUGAUUUUUGAGCCUGAUGAAGUUUAGUUAAAUAUAAAUGGAAUGGCUAUUAUUAAACAUAGAAAUAUACUUGAAAUUAUACAUUGAAUUGGAUACCAUCUUUUUUUAAUAAAAAAAAACAAGAUCUAAUCGCCUAAGCUAUCUUCAAAGUAUCAAUUAAUUUCUGAAACAUCUUCCCCUACAAAAGGAAUCACAAUUAAAUAAAUGAGCAAUCUUAUGGUGGAUAAUACUAUUUUUUUUUAUUGUCGUUUGUGGUGUUACUGGAAUGCAACACUCCAUUUUUCUGCAACAGCUGCUGUACUUCCGCUUGCAAAUCCAGUGCCUUCAGGGCUCAUAUCCACAAUGUCUUUUGGCUUGGUUUUUGUCUCGCAAACAUAGCAUUUUUUGGUCUUUUUUACCCAGAAAGCUUGGUAGAAUUACACAACGAUUUUAGGCAGGCUGGACAGACAUGUUUAUCUUUAUUUCCUUCCUCUUUCUGGAAUUUGAUAGGAAUCAGAGACUUUAAGCUGACAGGAUGAGGAUGCUUUGUUGCUGUACACAUUGCCUGCUUCUGUACUGGCUUCAGUGUUGUGGUGUACAAUUUGGAAGCAUCAGGAGUCAUUGAUGGCACCCAAAAGCUGCCAAUCUGUGUUUUUGCUGCCUCUGCUUUUUCUCCUGCAAGUCUUUGACAUGCCUUUUCUACAUCUCUAUCAGCAAUAUCCUUCAAGUCUUCUUCCACAAGCUCAAAUUUGCGCUUUGAUCCAGUAGUAGCCAAUUCACGCGAUGUAUUGGAUGUGGGAUCUGAUGAUUCGAAUUCAUUCUUUUCUGAUGUUGAAAUUACUACAGGUGUGGAUUCGGAUGUCUGUUUCUUUCUAGUCCCAAGCAUACUCGUCUGAGUUUUUUCAAAUUCAUCAAGUAUUGUCUGCUUUGCUUCUUCUUCAUCCCGCGCCUUUUGAUUUUGUAUAUCUUGUUGCUUUUGUUCUAAUAUACGUUCUUCUCUUUUGAUCGUUUGUUUCUGUGUCAGGAUUGAUUCGUAGAUACAUUCCUUGCAGGCCAAAUGACCUUGAGGACAUGCAACUGGAUCUCUGGCUGUUUGCAGACAAAGAAAACAUGCAUCGUAUUCUCGGAAUGAAUCUCGACCAAGGCGUUGCCUCUUUGUUCCAUAUUCCAACGAAUUGGACUCAUGGUACGUAAAUACACUGGAGGCCGUGUUAUUCUUGGAAUGUCGUGGCAUUACUGUUUUUUAAUUAUAAUGAUAAU